AUGAAUGAAAGCAGUGUUCAUAAAUGGAGUGGAUCUAAGGGUGCAUAGCGGAUUUUGGCACAAGCUGAUUGCAUACGGGUGGCAGAGCCUGGACUUGUUUCAUCGCUCCUUGAGGGUUGGGUGGUUCGAAUCCUGCUUCUGCUCCCUGUGCGUGGAGUUUGCAUGUUCUCCCCAUGCUUCGGGGGUUUCCUCUGGCUACUCCGGUUUCCUCCCCCAGUCCAAAGACGUGUUAUAGGCUGAUUGGUGUUUCCAUAUUGUCCGUACUGUGUGAAUGGGUGAAUAAAUGUGUGUAAUUGUGUCCUGCGAUGGGUUGGCACCCUGUCCAGGGUGUCCCCCGCCUUGUGCCCAGAGUUCCCUGGAUAGGCUCCAGGCUAAGCAGUAUGGAAAAUGGAUGGAUGUUUUCUGCAUGAAGAAAUACCAGCCAGCUAGACAUUCUGCAUGUAUUAAAACUUCAUAGAUAGCAUCUGAUGAUUCUAAUGGGCUUUAUUUGACUUUAACUCUAAUGCCAUUUACAAUGUCAAGAGAGAAGAAGUGACAAUAAAAUGACAUCUUAACAUGUGAAAAAUACUUUGAAUAUAGUCUAAUCCAGGGGUUUCCAAACUUUUUUAGGGCAAGGCCCCCCAAAUGGCAUUAACAUUUGACCGAGGCCCCCCUUUUGCAAGAUGUCUUUAAAACACAUUAAAAAUACAGACUUCUGAAUAUAUCCCCCCUUUUUUUAUUAUUAUUAAUAAUUACAUCUUACAUCUUUACAUUACAUUAGGAAUUGAUUGUUUGUGUGUGUGUGUGUGUGUGUGUGUGUGUGUGUGGUUGUCUGAAAAAAAAAUCAUGUAUUUAUUUUUACACCAAAUGGUUGAGGCCCCCUGGCGGCCCCCACUUUGAAAACCACUGGUCUAAUCUAUGUAGAAUUUCUACUCAUUUCAAUUGAUAAAUUGUCUUAUUCUAUUCGCAAAUCAUUUUGUUUCUUUCUAGACAAAUGCUUAAAUUAGCAAAUAUAUAUAUAUAUAUAUAUAUCACGACUGACAAGACUAUUUCAAGCCUGAACUUGGUAGAAAUGUAUAAAAAAUGGUUUAGUAAUCUCCUGUUUGGUUUAUUAUAAUCUUUAUAAUAUAUACUAGAUCAAUAUGAAUAUAUUCAAGAUAUUUUCACUUGCGAAGAUGUCAUUGUUUGCAUUGUAGCUUUAAUGAUGUUCAGAGUAACAGACUGGCCCACCCCCAUCUCGGAAGAAAGAUAAAGAAGGUUACUAUAGUUCAUUGCAAGCAUACUAUUUUAAAAUGCUCCAAUCUUACAGACCAUGAGAAGAACAAGCAUUUUCUUCUGCAAAACUAACCAUGUCUGGGGGUCUUUUCAUUUGGGAAUAGACUUCUUUGGGUGAACUAUCCUUAUUUAAUAAUUUUAUUGAAUGUCAUUCAUGCAUAGACUAUUUAUUUGUGUUUUUGAUUAAUGUAUUAUUAAAGAAGGCUUGUUUUCUUCCAACUUUUCCAUUUUGCACACUGUAAUCAGUGUUUGUUUGGAUCUGGCUUUGAUGAGGUCUAAAAGAACCUUCUUAUCUAGUCAAUGUUUUUAGGCUUGAUUUUUGAGAUCAAGUGCAUGCUUACAGGAAACCACAACGAAAGUUGAAUGUUCCAUAGAGAGCAGUAAAGAAUUCAGCUAUAGAUUACGAAAGGAAAGUAACACCCCUCUUUACCCCAAGAAGAACCAUGAAGCGAAACUAGAUGAAACAAACUAUGAAUGGUUAUGAUAGCAGGUUGAAGUUGAUCUUCACUGAUGUAUAGGCCUACACCAAAGCAGAAUACUGGCAUGGCAUCAAACUAUUCAACAACAACACCUGCCUACACAACAGCACACAACAGCGCAAAGGAAGAAAAUUUUAGAUGUGAAAAAUCAUAUGAUGGAGAAAGCUUGCUGCUGUGCAUAAUUAUAACUCUGUUUGCUUCAAUAUUUCUGGUCAUCAUAAUGUCUAUAACAUGGUUAAAAACGUAUCGGACCAUGAAGCGCAGAAUUAGGAGUCUGCAGAACACACAGCAGCAGGCACUGUUUCUUCCAUCUGCUGAAAUUGAUCCUUCAGAGGAGAGCUCUAGGCCUAAACAAAUUAUUACAGUCCAGCUGGAACAAAAUGCCAUUUCAGCUUCUGAAUUUAACCUGCAAAGCAUGAAGUCAGCUAGUUCCUCAUUUAACAAAGCUAAUCUCAUGAUGCAUCAGCUCAUCAAAGCUGGAAAAGAAAGCAUGCUGUAUAAAGCAAAAAUGACACACGGUGCUAUCAAAGGCCACACCAUGUUCACCUGCAAAAUCUACAAAAUGGCCGCUAAACCCAAGCUGGUCAAAAGGGAGGUUAUGAUCAUGCGGACUUUAAACACACACUCGAAUCUGCUACAACUUGUAGACUGGAACAUCACAGAAGUGCCCUAUAUGUUAAUUAUGGAAAAUGUGGAACAUGGCAACCUGCACACCUACCUUAAAGCCAAUAAAGAUAGACUGUGCAAACAGGAAGAGCUACAGCACCUCUUCACCAUUGCACUUUACCACAUAGCACAGGCCAUGGACCAUCUGCACUCCAAAAUGAUAUUGCAUUGCAACCUGGCACUGAGGAAUAUCAUGGUACAGAGAUUUCCCCAUGAAGUAAAAGUGGCCGAGUUUGGCUUGGCCAGAGACAUAACGAGGGGGUUGAGACUCUCGGGAAACUGCGAGAAGACCGACAGUAAGCUAAUUCCCUUUAGAUGGUACCCUCCAGAAUACUUCAAAGAGAACUUAUACGGAUUUAAAGGAGAUGUCUGGGCUUUUGGAAUUGUAAUCUGGGAGAUGCAAACAUUUGGCACUGUGCCAUACCCCGACUUGAAAACAUCAGGGGAAGUUGUGUCUUAUUUAUGUGCUGGCCACAGGACACGAGAACCAGAAGAAUGCAGGCCAGAAUUGCUUCAAAUGAUGAGAGACUGUUGGCAAGACUCCUACAUCACAAGACCUUCCUUUAUGGAUAUUGUCAACGUUCUGGAGAACAUUCUGGAAAAUGAUCGUGACUAUGUGGAUAUGGACACCAGCACUGUCAUUGUAUAAGUCGAGUCUGAAGAUCGAGAUUAAUUAUUAUAACUGGCGUUAACAUCCAAAAAUUGAUGUUAAAUCCAAAAAUGGAUUGUUGGGUCUGGUUCUACAAAUUUUUGAUGAUUUCGGCAAUUUCAAUAGAUAAAUGUACAAGAAUUACUAUGUAUAUUUAAGCAUAAGUUCACCCUGUGAUUACUAGCUUUUGAAAGCUCAUCUGUCUGUUUCUAAGUACAAUAUUACCAUAUUAACUAUGUUGAGUAAGUUGUACUCGGAUAACUCUGUGCUGGUUAAAGAAAAUAAAUUUAGUAGUCAAAAUAAUGAAGCAGAAUGGAGCUGCGCUUGAAUGACCCUUUUGAAUGACAAUCAAAAAUUGUAAGGCAUUUGCUUUCUAAUUGUUUAGUAGUCUAAAGCAUUUCAUAUGCAAAAGAUGUAUCAAAUGUCCCAUGUAUAUAACUACAAAAUGUAAUUAUUUAUUAUGUGUUGCAUUAAAGGUGUAAUGAUCUAAGAGUUUGGAUCGAUAAAUAAAAUAAAAGGCAAUGAUUGAAAUUAAUCGAUGCAACAAUUAUAAAUCUAUUAUUAUCGAAAAAGAACAAACAACUUGUAUGUAAAAAUAUAUUUUUUACACUGAUGUGUAGAUAAUUUAAUACACAAGGUGAUUUGCCCACAAUUCUAUAAAAUAAUCAUUCUCUAAGUCAUCAUCAUUUGCAAAUUAUUUGUAGGCCUCACAUAUCAUUUGGAGGCUACUAAAUAGAAUUGUAUCGAAUCGCAUCUCAUCGUAUCAUGUCGUUUUGUAUUGUAUCAUAUUGUAGCAGAUUCAGUGGUAUCAUGAAAUAUCAAAUCUUUGUUAUGAAUUGAAAAGGUGUGGAAGUCAGAGGUUUACACUCCGAUGUUGCAUAGAACGUAAUAUUGAUUUGAUCAUUUUCAUGUUACGGAUCAACAUGUGUGGCAUUAACUGACACAGUACAGGUCAUAUGUGAAUAUAUGUGUUAUGUUUUAAUAUGUGUGUAUAUACACUAUAUAUAUAAGUUGGGAACAGAUUUUUUUUUUCUGUGUGAUUAUAAGAAUGUUUUUUAAGAUUGCAAAUUAAAAUGGGGCAUUAAGAUGGGCAGUGGUAGCUCAGUGGUUAAGACGCUGGGCUACUGAUUGGAAGGUCAUGAGUUCAAGCUGCCACUGUUGAGCAAGGCCUGUAACCCUCAGCUGCUCAGAUAUAUAAAUGUAAGUCACUCUGGAUAAGGGCAUCUGCCAAAUGCCAUAAAUGUAAAAUUCAGUGUAGUUUAUUAUUAUUUAUUUAUUUAUUUUUA